GCUGCCGCCCCGCGCUGCAUACUUCCUGGAAUGUCCGCGCCGCAGCGUUCCAUCCGCAGAAGGACGGGCGCGGGUUCCCGACGGGAUCGGAACCCGGUGGGUGCGGGUACCAAACGCCACCCAGGCCGAGCACGUCCGUGCCCUGCGGUCACCCGGACUCUGCCGUCCCGUGUCGGAGCCCUCCCAGGGCACUGUGCAGGCGCCGCUCCCUGCCCCGCUGUCCUAAUGGCUGCCGCCGGCUCCGCGCGUGUGGUUGGUGCCCAGGUAACGGCGCGGGAGCCCGAGUCCCCGAGGAUGACAUCCGAAACCUUUGUGAAGGACAUUAAACCUGGCUUGAAGAACCUGAACCUAAUCUUCAUUGUGCUAGAGACAGGCCGUGUGACGAAAACAAAGGACGGGCACGAGGUGCGGACAUGCAAAGUGGCCGACAAGACUGGCAGCAUCAACAUCUCGGUGUGGGAUGAUGUGGGGAACCUCAUUCAGCCGGGGGACAUCAUUCGCCUCACCAAGGGGUAUGCGUCGGUUUUCAAGGGCUGCCUGACGCUGUACACGGGGCGCGGCGGAGACCUGCAGAAGAUCGGCGAGUUCUGCAUGGUUUAUUCCGAGGUGCCAAACUUCAGCGAACCGAACCCCGAGUACGUGGCACAGCAGUCCCAGAGCAAAGCUGCCCAGAACGAGAAUGCAACGCCCACAGCCUCGCAGACUGCGCAAGGCCCCUCUGCACCCUCCCCAGGUAGGCCCGGGCACCGUGGACCUGGUGCAGGCAGGGGCGCUCACCCACCCCCUGCGGCCCCCCACCCCGCCGGCGGCCGCAUCACCCGGAGCCAGCCCAACCACGCCGGUGCUGCCAGUGCCGUCAGCAAUGGCAAAGAGACGCGGCGCAGCAGCAAGAGAUAACAGGCGCCACGGCACAGACAGCAGUGUCACCCCCCACCCCAGAGGGGUGGGGGAGGGGGUUCCUUCCCCCCUGGGCUGAGCAAAACCCCCCGGCCCCACCACUGUGAGGGCAGCCCAAGCCCCACGGACGUUGCCAAAGCCGCCCUGGGUCCCAGGGCUGCCCUAGGGAGCGGGGUGGGAGCAGCCAGGGACCCUCUGAAGGCAUUUGGGUGCCAUGAUGUGAGGUGAGCCAGGGGGUCUCAGCCCACCCCACUGGCUCCCUGGGACCAGGGGCUGUCAGGGCUUCACUACUAUGUGCCAGCUCUGGGUGCCAGGGUCUCUGGGGAUGCCAUGGGCAGAGGUUGGGGGUCUCCUCUAUGCCCACCUGGGGCCCCGUGAUUGCACAGGCGAAUAAAGCUUUUACCUCCACUCUUG